AUGCGUUUUGGAGUAGGACUACCAGGUGCAUCGGAGAGCCUAGGGUCAUGCCCGUACCUAAUACCGUCCUGCCCACGUGUUGAAGUCAAUGGCAACGUCAUUCAGUACGUCGCGAAAUUGACCCCCUUCGUCCCUGAGAUGCUGGCAAAUGUUGUUCCCGAAGGGGCAAGGGGAGGGACAUAUUAUGCUUGUACCAGACCAGCGUGUCUUUCUAACCCGUGUCCGCCUGAUGAAGUUUGCGAGGAAACGACGACUGGAUUCAGCUGUCAGAUCAACGAAACAGCAUGUCUUUCUAACCCGUGUCCGCCUGAUGAAGUUUGCGAGGAAACAACGACUGGAUUCAGCUGUCAGGUCAACGAAACAGCAUGUCUUUCUAACCCGUGUCCGCCUGAUGAAGUUUGCGAGGAAACGACGACUGGAUUCAGCUGUCAGAUCAACGAAACAGACAGACACCUGAGGAAUGUAAGUCUGCUAGGAGGCAGUGAUGCCUCGGAAGGCAGAGUUGGGUUUACAGCAGACUUCGCCUUAAAUGAAAAUAUGUAUAUGAGUAGGUAUGCAUGGCCAAUGCAGUUAUCACAUAAAGUGUGCCGACAUUUUGGAUUCACUGGUGCCGCUGCGACGCUAAGUGGGAACAUCUUCCAUCGGUCUUACGCCGAGAUGGAGGACCCUACAGUUGGGGGUGGAGCUAACGGAUUGGUGACUUCGUUCAAGAUUUCAUACGGUCCUAAGGAAACUGAAUUGACAUUUUAUGAAGAUGCGGUUGAUGGCAUUGAAAUGGUUUUUCCGGGAAAUUACGAUUCUCAUACACCAGUUACAACUUCUUUUACCCCAUAUAUCCUGGCCAAGUACUUUCGAAUACACCCCAAAUCAAGUGUGACUUCUGUAAGCAUGCGAUUUGAGCUCAUAGGAUAUGGGCCACUGCCCGACGACAUUGGUGAGUUAAAAUUACCGUUCUACCGAUAA